GGACAUGGUUUGAGCAUUUCUGGUAAGAAGGAAUUUAGAAACUAUAUGUUGAGUCAUUUUACAUCUAAAAGAGGGGUUGAUAAUGAACUGUAAUUGGGGAAAACUUGAGACUGUGUUUUCAUCUUGUUAAAGUCAAAGCAAAAUCUGUUAACCAGACGGAGGAUUUUGACUGGAGAAAUACAUGGCUUCCAACUUGGAGGUUGACUUCACCUGUCCUGUGUGCUUCGACAUCUUCAAGGACUCUGUGGUCCUCUCCUGUAGUCACAGCUUCUGUAAAGUAUGUCUGCAGAAGUCCUGGGAGAGCAAAGGAUCCAGAGAAUGUCCAGUCUGCAGGAGGAGGUCAUCAAAGGAGGUUCCAGCCCCAAAUCUGGUAUUAAGGAACCUGUGUGAGACCUUCUUACAGGAGAGAAGUCAGAGAGCUUCAGCAGGGUCUGGGGAGUUCUGCAGUCUGCACAGUGAGAAACUCAAGCUCUUUUGUUUGGACGAUGAACAGCCUGUGUGUGUGGUGUGUAGAGACUCAAGACAACACACCAACCACAAGUUCCAACCUCUUGAUGAAGCAGCAUCUGACUUCAAGGGAAAACUGAAGAUUGGACUAGAGGUCUUACAAAAGAAGUUGACGGAGUUUGAACAGGCAAAAAUCAGAUGUGGUGCAAAAGAAAAAUGCCUUAAGAUUCAGGUACAACAAACAGAGACACAAAUAAAACAGGAGUUUGAGAAGCUUCACCAGUUUCUACGAGAUGAAGAGGCAGCCAGGAUAGCUGCACUGAGGGAGGAAGACGAGCAGAAGAGUCAGAUGAUGAAGGAGAAGAUUGGGAAGAUGAGCAGAGAGAUCUCAUCUCUUUCAGACACAAUCAGAGCCAUAGAAAAGGACAUAGGAGCUGAUGACAUCACAUUUCUUCAGAACUACAAGAGCACAGUGGAAAGAGCCCAGUGGAAACUGCAGGAUCCAGAGAGCGUUUCAGGAGUUCUGAUCAAUGUGGAGAAACACCUGGGCAACCUGAAGUUCAGAGUCUGGGAGAAGAUGCAGGAGCACUGUCCUGUUGCUGCCCCCAAGGAGGAGGCUCAGGCAGUGUAUGAAUUUGUGUUGCCCGAUGCAGUGGGAGGGGAUGGUGGUGGGUUUCUCAGUGCCAGAGCUCUGUAUGACUACCAAGCUGAGGAUGAUGAUGAGAUCAGUUUUGACCUAGAUGACAUCAUAACUGAAAUAGAGUUGAUUGGUGGAGGAUGGUGGAGAGGAGUUGGCCCUGAUGGCCAGUAUGGAAUGUUUCCUUCCAAUUAUGUUGAAUUACUGGGGGCUGGGGGGGCUGGCGUGCCCACUGCCCCACUAAAGGAGAGCCUUGCCUCAUCAGAGACAUCCUCUGUCCCUCCUAAGAAAACUUCUAAAAAAAACAAAAAAACACCGUUAUAUAAAUAUUUUCUGCUCUGCUUGUCAGUGUUACCCCAAAGGAGCAGGCAGACUGUGGCGGGCCAGCACCUUACUGACUGGGGGCUGCCCAGCUUGAGGCGGGCGGUGGCUGACUGGUGGGACACGAUGAUUCCUCCCACUGUUGGAGUCGGAGACAACCCACAACAGAUUCUUACUGGAGAGAACAUGGCUUCAAAAUUAGAAGAGGAUUUAUCUUGUCCAGUGUGCUGUGAUGUUUUUAAGGACCCUGUUGUCCUCUCCUGUAGCCAUAGUAUCUGUAAAGUUUGUCUGCAGCAGUUCUGGGACACUAAAGGAUCCAGAGAAUGUCCAGUCUGCAGGAGAUUGUCAAAGGGGCAUCCCUGCCCUAAUUUGGCUCUAAGGAACCUGUGUAAGGCCUUCUUACAAGAGAAAAGUCAGAGAGCCUCAGCAGGGUCUGAGGUGCUCUGCAGUCUGCACAGUGAGAAACUCAAGCUCUUCUGUCUGGACGAUAAACAGCCUGUGUGUGUGGUGUGUAGAGACUCAAAACAACACACCAACCACAAGUUCCAACCAAUAGAUGAGGCAGCAGCUGAUUUGAAGGAGGACCUUAAGAGUAAACUACAGUUCACACAGAGGAAGUUGAAGGUCUUUGAAGAAGCAACACUCAACUGUUACAAAACAGCAGAACACAUAAAGGCUCAAGUCCAAAGCGCAGAGAGGCAGAUCAAGGAGGAGUUUGAGACGCUUCACCAGUUUCUACGAGAUGAAGAGGCAGCCAGGAUAGCUGCACUGAAGGAGGAAGAGGAGCAGAAGAGUCAGAUGAUGAAGGAGAAGAUUGAGAAGAUGAGCAGAGAGAUCUCAUCUCUUUCAGACACAGUCAGAGCCAUACAGGAGAUUGGGGAUGGUGAUAUCACAUUUUUACAGAACUACAAGAGCAUAGUGGAAAGAGCCCAGUGCACACUGCAGGAUCCAGAGAGGGUUUCAGGAGCUCUGAUCAAUGUGGCAAAGCACCUUGGCAACCUGAAGUUCAGAGUUUGGGAGAAGAUGAAGGACUUAAUUCAAUAUACCCCUGUGAUUCUGGAUCCCAACACUGCAAACGCGCAUCUCAUCCUGUCUGUGGAUCUGACCAGUGCAAGAUACAGUGAUGAGAGACAGCAGCUUCCUGAUAACCCAGAGAGAUUUCAUUUGGCUGCCAGUGUGCUGGGCUCCGAGGGCUUUAACUCAGGGACUCACUGCUGGGAUGUGGAGGUUGGGCAGAACACACUAUGGGCUGUGGGCGUGAUGACAGAGUCUGCCCAGAUUAAGGGAGAUGUAGCCUCCAGGAGUGGACUGUGGUAUAUUUGGUUCAGUAAUGGUCAAUAUGGAGCACGGUCUCCAUCGCAGUCCCACACACCUCACUUUUCCCAAAGAGGGCUUUUUGGCAAUACCCCUCACACCAAAAAGUCAUGUCCCUUUGGUUCAACUCUCGGGGAUGUUAUUGGGGUAAAGCAUACAGGAGUUGUAGGCUUUGGUUGUGGUACCUCAACCGAAUGUUCUGCACCAGACCGAGAGACUCCCUUAAGUGUGCAUGGGAGACCCCAGAGGAUCAGAGUGCAGCUGAACUGGGACAGAGGACAGCUGUCGUUCUCUGACCCUGAUAAUAACACACACCUACACAUUAUCACACACACUUUCACUGAGAGAGUGUUCCCAUACUUUGAGUGUCCGAGCUCCAAGAUUGUGCCACUGAAUGUCUCUGUAGCAUUGGAAAAGUUGGAGACACGACAGACAGCCCUCAGCUUUGGUACACUUAAUGUUAAUCGUUUGUGCUGAUUUGUGCCAUUAUACACAUUUAUGUAAUACACAUUUGUGCAGUUCUAUGUUUUAAGUUCUCAAGCUUCAUUUCUUAUAUGUUUGAUGUGCCCCUGUCACCCCCACCCACAACCAUCACACACACACACACACACACCGCAUCAAUGUCCAAAUCUCACCAAAAAGGUCUCAGUUGAUUGUGCUCUGUUUUGCUGAUUUGCACCAUUAAAAGAACCAUUUUGCUGUCAUGGCUUUUAAGUUAUCAAAUUUUAUUUUAUAAAAGUUUGUUACAGAACACUUUUAAGAACACUUACCAACUGUACCCCUGCCAGCUCCUCCAACCCAGUAUCGCAAGGAUUCAUUGUACUGUCACGUUUGGUUAAUCUAUUAUUUGUGCUGGGGUUGGUAGGGGGACACGUUAACCCCUAUGCACAGAAUUAAGGUGUUGUGGAUGGUCAUCUACAUGGUUUGUGGCACCAAUAAACAACUAGAUGUACCGCAGAGCGGUACAAAAUA